AUGGAUCUUAUUAUAAUCGUGGAUAAUUCCAAUGAUUUCACCGAUAACUUCUACGUGCUACUCGCUAUGAUCGUUUCUUGCUGUAAGAUGCUCGCUCUGUUGAUGAAUCGCUGCAAUAUUGAGAUGUUAAUCAAAACUCUUAUGAGAAAACCGUUUCGACCGGUUGAACCCGACGAGAUGAAGAUUCAACAGAAAUUUGAAAAACUCAUACAGUCAAAUACGCUUUACUAUACUAUCCUGGUCGAGACAACGUGUCUGUCUGUUGCCGUGACAUCAUUAUUAACUGAAUUCAAGAAAGGAAAUUUAACGUUCCGAGCGUGGCUGCCAUUCGAUUAUUCCUCGUCGCAACUUUUUCCAUUUGUAUACGCUCAUCAAUUGAUAAGUUUUACAAUGGGAUCUGUACAUCAUGUAGCUUGCGAUAGUCUUAUAUGCGGAUUCCUAGUGCACAUUUGCUGUCAGAUAGAGAUAUUGGAACAUCGUCUGAGGAAAAGCGCACGUGAUCCUAAUAUUCUUCGCGAGUGUGUUCUUCAACAUAACAACAUAUUCAAGUUUGCUCGUAUAGUAAACGAAAAAUUCAGGAUAACUAUAUUUGUCCAGUUUGUUGUAAGUACAUUGGUGAUGUGUUUUAAUCUGUACCAAUUUACCAAGUCAACAGCGUUAAGAACAAAAUAUAUGCAGUUAAUAAUGUAUACGUGCUCUAUGCUGUCACAAAUCUUUUUUUAUUGUUGGUACGGAAACGAAGUGAAAUUGAGAAGUCGACAAUUGAUAAAUAAUAUUUUCGAGAUGGAAUGGUUCAAAUUUAAUGGAACUGCUCAGAAAACUUUACUAAUGGCCAUGAGACGUGCUGUAGUACCAAUUGAAUUUACUAGUGCCUGUGUUAUUUCUAUGAAUCUGGAUUCGUUUGUGGGUUUGCUCAAGACAUCAUAUUCGGCUUAUAAUAUACUUAAGCAAACACAAGGUUCAUAA